UCAGAAUAUGGUUAUGUUUUGUAAUAUAAUCAAUGAAUAUAAUUAGUCCCACGUUUGAAUUUCUUGGUUAUUUAUAGCAAUAUUUUGUGAUAAUUAUUUCCUGUUUCCUUUUUAAGUUGUACUUGCUUAGUAUUAAACAAUUAUGGAAAACGAUAGUAGAUUUUCCCACAUAGCAACAGAUCCCAAAUUUCGGCGUAUACCCAAGUCGGAAAGAAAAGUGAAAAUAGACAAACGUUUUCAGUCAAUGUUUAAAGACAAACAGUUCAAAGUAAAAUAUACUACAGAUAAACGCGGCAGGCCUGUUAAUCAUACAUCAAACGAAGAUUUAAAGAGAUAUUACGACUUAAGUUCCGAAUCAGAAUCUGAAGAGAGUACAGAUACUGAAAAAAAUGAUUCAGAAGUUGGGAAGUAUGUGCGACCCUCUUCUCAAGAGCGUAAACUUCAACUGAAAAGUGAAGAACUUACAAGUAGUAAACAGUUAAAAGUUAAACAUAAAUCUGACGAAAACAUUCAUUCAGAUGUAAAACAAAAACUUAAAGAUUUAAAUGUUGAUUAUGCAAGAGGUGAAUCUAAACUUCUUUCAGAAAGUUCUUCAGAAAGUGAAGAGGAAAGUGAGUGUGAUGAAUCUGAUGGAGUUGAACAUGCUUGGGGAGAAUUAGACCAUGAUGCAGAACAAACAAAAGAAGUAACUAACCGAUUUGCAGUUUGUAACAUGGACUGGGACAGAAUUCGUGCUAUAGAUUUAAUGGUUCUCUUUAACUCUUUUUUACCUCCUGGUGGUGUUAUUAAAUCUGUAACAAUUUACCCUUCCGAUUUUGGAUUAAAGCGUAUGAAAGAAGAAGAAGUUAAAGGCCCCAUAGAAUUAGUGGAAAUGAAAAAUGAAGUAAAAGUGAAUCAAGAGAAUGAUGAAGCAUCAGAAGGAUCAAAAUAUCAUAUGGAGAAAUUAAGACAAUACCAAUUGAAUAGAUUAAAAUAUUAUUAUGCUGUUGUGGUUUGUGACAGUAUCCCUACUGCUAAUAAAAUUUAUAGUGAAUGUGAUGGUCUAGAAUAUGAAUCAAGUGCUACAAAACUUGACUUAAGAUUUAUACCUGAUACUAUGAAAUUCGAUCAACAGCCAAAAGAAGUUUGUGACAAAUUACCUGAACAAGGAAAAUACCAACCUCGAUUUUUCACAACAACAGCACUGCAGCAAGCAAAAGUUGACUUAACUUGGGAUGAAACAGACCCUACAAGAAUAGAAGUUACUCAAAAAUUAGCAAAUGGAGACUCAGAUAUCCCAGAAGGAGAUCUUCAAGCUUAUUUAGCAUCCAGCAGUGCUAGUGAAGAAAGUGAAAUUGAAAAUAACCAAGAGGAAAAUGAAAUUGAACCAGCUCAUAAAAAUGACCACCCAAUUGAUAAAUACAAGCAUUUACUACAUGAAAUUGAAAAAAAGGAAGAAGAAAAAAAGAAAAAAGAUAUUGAAAUGGAAGUUACAUGGGGUAUAGAUAUUGAAGAAAAAACACGUAAAUUGGUUAAAGAAAAAAUGGCUAAGAAAGAUGAAAAAACACCAUUUGAGCAAUAUCUAGAAAAACGUAAAGAGAAGAGAAAGGAAAAGAGAGAAAAGAUUAAAAAGUCUACCAAUAAUUCUGAUAAUGAUUCAGAAGACUCUGUUGAUAUUGACUUUAAUGACCCAUAUUUUAAAGAAGAAUUUCAGAAUGCAGAGUUCCAGCCUAAGAAUAAAAAGAACAAAAUAGUUUCUACUGAAAAUGAUGAUAUUAAUAAUCAGAAGAAAGCUGAACUAGAACUCUUACUGUUGGAUGAAGAUGAUGACAAGAAACAUUUUAGUUUAAAGAAAAUUCAAGAAGCUGAUGAAACUUUAAACAGGAAACGCAAAAAUAAAUCUAAAAAGAGCGAAAGCGAGAAUUUGGAAAAAGAAGACAACUUUCAAAUAAAUGUCAACGACGAACGUUUUUCGGCGUUGUAUUCAAGUCACCAUUUUAAUUUAGAUCCCACUGAUCCUCACUUUAAACGUACCAAGGGAAUGGAACUACUUGUAGAAGAAAAACUGAAGCGACGAAGUAGUAAUAUCUCACACAUAAACAAUGAAAAGAAGAAGCUUAAAACUGAUAAAAUAGGAACUGAACUGAGCAUGUUAGUCAAAUCUGUUAAACAGAAAACAAAGCUGUUAACUAAGAGAAAGCAAGAUAUAAUACAAUAAUUUGUUUUAAA